UUCCUUUCUUUGUUCCAGUGUUAAGGACAGCAAGGGACUGCUUCAGUCUGAUGAGGAAGAAAACUCAUAUUCUCCCUGUAAGAAUAUCUGAACCAGCCUAACUAAUCACUAACACUUUUUUUCCAGUGCUGUCUGGACCGUAAGUGGAUUAUGGUCUAUGGUGUUUUUUUGCGGCAUGAAUAAAUUUUCAUUCUUGGAUUUAACACCCCCACACAGAGAAGGAUCCUUUGCAAUUUCUCCAAGUUCCCUCUAAUGGAUUACAUCUGGGCUUUACAGUUUAAGAUUAACGGCUCAUGGGAAAUUGUGCACUGCCAAUCAUAAUGUUAAAUUACAAAGAGAGGAAAAAACGGCUUUGUGUGAUCGAGAGGGCUCUCCUUGUGCCUCCUGUAAGAACCGGUGACCAGCCAUGAGGGCAACCGUGAGAGAGACUUCCAUCUAACCAUCCCCUUCAGACCGUUCUUUAUUGCGGCUCUCCCCUCCGGGUCAGAAUGGUUCCGCCCCCUCCGACUAACAAGCCCCACGUGUGCCUGUCCACCAUCCUGAUCAUGAGCAGCAUGGCGCUGAUGGACGCCUACCUGGUGGAGCAGAACCACGGCCCGCGCAAGAUCGGAAUCUGCAUCAUGGUAAUGGUGGGGGACAUCUGCUUCCUCAUAAUUCUGCGCUACGUGGCGGUGUGGGUGGGCGCCGAGGUGCGCACGGCCAAGCGCGGCUAUGCCAUGAUCCUCUGGUUCCUCUACGUCUUUGUGCUGGAGAUCAAGGUCUACUUCAUCUACCAGAACUACAAGGCGGACCGCUCCAGCCUGGACACCAUCGCCCGCAAGGCCCUCACGUUGCUGCUGUCCAUCUGCCUGCCCGUGCUCUUCAUCAUCCUGGUGGCCAUCGACCACAUGGAGUACGUGCGCGCCUUCAAGAAGAGGGAGGAGAUCCGCAACCGGCUGUUCUGGGUGGUGGUGGACCUCCUGGACAUCCUGGACAUCCAGGCUAACCUGUGGGAGCCACAGAAGAAAGGGCUCCCCCUGUGGGCGGAGGGCCUGAUGUUCUUCUACUGCUACAUCCUGCUGCUCGUGCUGCCCUGUGUGUCCCUGAGCGAGAUCAGCAUGCAGGGCAUCAACAUCGUGCCCCACAAAAUGAUGCUGUACCCCAUCCUCAGCCUGGUCACCAUCAACAUCAUCACCCUCUUCAUCAGGGGCGGAAACCUGAUCUUCUACAAGGACGUCAGAGUGUCCGGGAUCCUGAUGGGAAAAAACGUCCUGGCCAUCAUUCUAAAGACAUGCAGCUUCGUGCAGUACAGGAGGCAGUUGCAAAACGCCCCUCCUGCCUUCGGCAUGGAGCUCCAGAAGAACUCGGUCCCCCACGCCCGACCCAUGCCCACCCCUCCCCAGGUGAUGAUUCAGGACCAGACACCCCUGCCGGAGGUGACUGCGUGUGAGCACACAUGACAUCAACAAGUUGCGAUUUGCACCCUUAGUAAACCAGUUCGGAGGGUGAUGUGUCUCAACCUAGUAUGGCGCCAAAUAUGUCUGUUAAGGGCCGUUGUAACA